UCCGAUCCAUCCACACGCCCUAGCUGCAUGCACCCAUACAUGGAAGCACCAUCUGCCGACGGCGGCAGCGGCGGCCCGGGGACGGCAAUGGAGAGAAAGGCGGCGGAGAUCGACACCAGCUCCCCCUUCCGGUCGGUCAAGGAAGCCGUGUUGCUCUUCGGCGACACCCUUCUUGCCCGUCAACUCUACCCCAACAACGCCUCUCUCCAGCAGAAGGAAGAGGCAGUUCCACCAAAGCUGAGCAGUGUGAGAGCAGAGCUAGAGGAGACAAAGCAAAGGCUGCAAAAGGCUAAGGAAGAAAGCUUUGUAAUGGCUACCUGUCUCUCCUCUUUGCAGGACGAGCUCAGGCGGACAAAGACAGAGCUCCACCUCCUCAAACAACAAUCCCAGAGGCACGAAUCCGAGGCCGAGGACCUCAAGUUCAUUGAGGCCCCCGCGAUGAUUGAUCUGCAGCUUCAUAAGUCGUCUCCAGAAAUCAUCGAAUGUGACAACGUCAUGAGGUUCGAGAGGAAAAAAUAUGUCAGCUUUUCGCGUCGCCAUCAUUUUCCGGCCGGGGAAGAUGACAAUGUCGUGCUGGAGAGGCAUCCUUCCCUCAAGAAGAAGAAGAAGAAGCCGGUACUCAUCCCACUCAUGGCCAUUGGAGGGAUUUUCUCCCGGAAGAAGUCUCACUAAAUUACUACUCAACUUUUGAAAUAAUGUUUCUCCUUUAAUUUCCUUUUUUGAAUGUUUCAUAAUCCAUACUGAUUUAUGAUGUGUCAUGCAUUAUUGCUUGAUUAUGAGGAUGAUAAUUCCAAACAGAUAC